AUGAGAUUCAAGACAAAGGAUCAAAUCCGAGUAGUUGAAGCCGAACGAAACUCCACCCGGAAGAUUGAAGAACAUGAACCCGAGCGCAUGAAGAAGUUCAAACUCAAAAAGGAUGCCCGUUGCUUUCGAUAUGCCCAAAUGAGAUUCAAGACAAAGGAUCGGAUCCGAGUAGUUGAAGCCGAAUGA